ACCCCAAGCCAGAGAUCCUUCUUCCCCUUGUCUCUGUCACUGCUCCACUCUUUAGAAGACGUGGUGCUGAGAUUGCAGUGUGUACCCCAAGAAGAUGACCCCCAACAAAGCCUUGAUCCUAGGAGUCUUCAUCCUGGCAGUGCUGUUGAGUCCCUGGGGUGCCAGAGCUGUUAAAGAGAAGCAUGUGAUCAUCCAGGCAGAGUUCUACCAGACCCACGACCCCUUGGGAGAGUUCAUGUUUGACUUUGAUGGAGAUGAGAUUUUCCAUGUGGAUUUGAAGAGCAAAGAGACAGUCUGGAGGCUUCCUGACUUCAGCAAAUUUGCCAGUUUUGAGGCUCAGGGUGCUCUGGCCAACCUUGCUGUGGACAAAGCCAACCUGGAAACCAUGAUGAAACGGUCCAACAACACCCCUGACACCAACGUACCCCCUGAAGUGACAGUGUUUCCCAAGGGCCCAGUGGAGCUGGGCCAGCCCAACGUCCUUGUCUGCUUUGUUGACAAGUUCUCUCCUCCCGUGCUUACUGUGACAUGGCUUCAUAAUGGGCGUCCCAUCACUGAUGGUGUGUUUGAGACUGUCUUCCUCCCCCGUCCUGACCACUCCUUCAGAAAAUUCCACUACCUCACUUUCAUCCCCUCUGCCACCGAUUACUAUGACUGCAAGGUCGAGCACUGGGGACUGGAACAACCUGCUGUCAAACAUUGGGAACCAGAAAUACGGACCCCACUGCCAGAGACAACAGAGACUGUGGUCUGUGCCCUGGGCCUGGCCAUAGGCCUGGUGGGCAUCGUCGUAGGCACCAUCCUUAUUAUUAAGGGCAUGCGAGCAAGCAACGCUUCCCGUGGUGGCCCUCGUGGAACCCUGUGACAGCCUUUCUAGGAGAUGAGAAUAACCAGAAGAUCCCAGCUCCUGACUUGGCCUCCCAACCCAGCUUUCCUGCACUCUCCAUUUCAGUUUCUCUUCUGGAUAUUUUUUUUCCCCCAACUCCUCUGAUCGACUCAUACCAGUAACUCUUCCAACUCUUUUGCCUCUUGAAAAACCAUAAUUCCAUUUGGGGAUCACACCCAUAUACCAAUACCCCCCAUACCCCACAUACAUUCCCAUUGCCACACACAUCCACACUGUCCCCAACAUGUGCACCCCCCCCAUUGAACUCUCUACCCCUAUUAUCCUGCUUAAUUUUCCCCUUGCCCCAUUAAAGGAACAAGGUAUAGUAGAAAGAGUACUUUGGAGUCAGAGGGAUAUGCAUUCAAAUUCUGCCUGAUACUUAUUACCUGUGUGACCUCAGGAAAGUCAUUAACCUCUCAGGGCCUCAUUUUCCUCAUUUGUAAAAUAAGGGAACUGUACUAUAUGAUCUCUAAAAUCCCUUCUAGCUCUAAAUUUGUUAUAUUAUGAUCCAAUAUCUCUGUUUCUGAGCCCAACUCUGCCUGUCUACCCUUCCCUUAUCUUUUGUAAUCCUGUAUUUAGCAGACAUGAAUUGUUUCUCAUCUGUUCUACCUGUGAUGGUGAGGGGGCAUCUAGGGUCCCCCUGUGAUUGUCCUCUAUUCCUCAUCACUGCUGCCCAUUCACAUCCUGGAAACUGUUCUAAAAGAAAUAAAUGCCUGGGCAUGUCAGUAUUAGAA